GUCUAUCCUACGCGCUCAUAUACCUUUAUAUCGCUUUAAUAUCAAUGUCUUUCUCUCCUCACCACCCGUCUCAUAACCCUGGAGCUGCACCGUGGCCCGAGGGUACAUUCCCAGGCCAUGGUGACAUGCUUCGUUCUCGAGAAAUCACACUCGCGCGAUGGCGAGCUGUCGAGCUGCAGGACUACGCGCGUGCGCGAGAGCGCGAGAACUACCAGCAGCGGCCUAUCCAGCCCCCUCAGCUACCCCAGCUCUACGGAACUCCCACCGCACAUUCUCGAUCACAAGACGCGCACAACACCUUCCCAGCCUCCGACUAUCAACAAACUCGCACACCCAUACGCCCCCAACCCAACUCACAGAAUCAUCCCACCCCCCCGGGUCUUACUUCUCCCCUCGGUCCAUCCGGAUGGGGCGUCUACAACGAGUACGCGGACCCGCGUCGACAAAUGCUCCGUCAAUGCGAUCACCCCGCUCCGCCACUCUCACAAUCUCCCUCGGGCCACACCGCCCCCUUCCCAGCAUCCCUCGACCCUCGCGCAUACCUCACGACCACCCCUCUGCCAAAAGAAAACCGCACGCCGGCCGUUGACGCAGCGGCACGUGCACGUGACUCGCGCGACUCGGAAGACGCGCUGGCGGGCAGUUCGCAGGGCACGUCCACGGCAAAUUCCCGGGCGGCGCCCGCCAAGGGUGGCCGUGGGAGGACGGCGAAGGCGGACGGCGCGAAGGCGGGUGAUGCGAAGCCUGCCAAAGCGCAGAAGAAGCGCAAGCGCAGCGACUCGAACACAAGUGUUGAGGACACUACCGAGACGCUGACGCCAGAGCAGAAGGUCAAAGCGUCCAUCGCAAGCGUCGAGACGGACCAUCGCAAGCUUACAAAGGCGGAGAAGGAGGCCUUUAUCGCGCACAUCACGCAGAAGCAGUACUGGAAAAACUUGAAGCUGCUGAAGAUGACAAUCAUCCGGCAGUAUAUUCCGGAUAACCAGCUCAUGCACAUUACCCCUCGCCAGCUCGACAACUACUUCCGGGACGUCUACAACGGCAAGUACAAGGCCAUUCUGGACCUUGAGCGGCAUACGGGAGGGGGUGAUGGGGAUGCAGAUCGUGAAGAGGAAUUUCCAGACUCAGAGGAUGAGGACACCUUCACCAUUCGCCCGCGUGACAAGGCACCGAAGGGCUCGAAGUAUUCCAAGGAAGUCCUCUGGCGAUUCCAGCACGAGGAUCCUGUCUUCCGCAUGCUGGACAAAGCUGCAUACCGUGACCCCGAGGCCCGUAAACAACUCGACUUCGAUAUGGAGACACCUGUCUCAGAUGGUGACUCCGACGUCAUCGAGGUCAGCGCUCCAAAGACGGCGGGCAAACCAGCCUCUCAACGUGGUAAGCGGGCCAAGCAGGAUCCCGACGAUGCUACAGCCCAUCCCAACCACCAACUCCUUCGGUCCCACGUGGCGGCGAUGUCCGAACGGCAUGCAGCGUCGUUCGAGCUGAAGCGCAAGGAGCAUGAGCUGGCGCUUGCACGUGAUGCCCGUGAGCGUAAGCUCGCAGAGCAGAGUGAGCAGCACCUUACUCUUGAGCGCCAGCGCCUUGAGCUUGAUGCGAAGCUGCGGGCCAAGGAGAUCGAGUUGCAGGCUUGCAAGAUACGCGAGGAUCAGAUGGAGCGCGCGUUGCGCAUGAUAUCAUCUGACCAACCGUUCCUGGUGGAGAAGGGUAAGGAACUGUAUCGGAAGCUGGAGGAGGAGGAGAAAGAGGGGGCCCGUCUUGUAUAGAUUUACUUGGACUUCUAAUCUUUGAUCAUCUUUUACCGUAUAUUAUUACGCUUUUAAUUCCC